ACGCGAAAUAAGUGUGGCUGGCUUAACAUGUACACGAUUCCCCUAACGUAUUAUUUGUACUCUCAAUACUUUUCCGUUGGAGGGGCCGUCCGAUGCCGCCCGAUUGUUGACGACAAUCGAAUUGUUCUGCAAACUGCUGCUGGCAACAUAGCUUUCGCAAACAGCUGAUCGCAACCGAUCACAGCUGUUUUACGAAACUUUAAAGUUCCUACGAAGGUUCUAGCAGCGACGAUCGACUGAUAAGUUCAGAUUAUGGUCGCGAGUACAGUGAAAAUUGCGGAAUCAGUUGGGAAAUGCCGCGUACAACGAAUGCAUUGAUGAUGUUAUCGACGGCGUGUGACUCGCUUUGACAGAUACGAUUAUUGAUUUUGACAUUGACUGUCAAGUGGUGUCAAAGGAGUUCCGAAACAAUGUCUAUCAAUGUAGACAUAAAAUUAAAACGCGCGAGCAAGAUAUAUCACGAGGGGGUCGGUUGCCUGGAGGUUGUUGCUGGUUUGAUAUUGCUGAAGACUAAUUCGGACGUGAAGCACGAUGGGAUAUUUCUAACUAUGGAAGGUUCGGUCAAUUUGCAGCUCAGCUCGAAGAAUGUCGGUAUUUUUGAAGCAUUUUACAACUCUGUUAAGCCUAUACAAUUAGUGCAAUAUACAUUGGACGUUGCUCCGUCGGGAAAGAUUCCAAGUGGCAAGACGGAAAUACCUUUUGAAUUACCAUUAAAGCCAAGAGGAAGUAAAUCUCUUUACGAAACAUAUCAUGGCGUUUUUGUCAACAUACAGUACUUGAUACGCUGUGAUAUCAAAAGGAGCUUCCUCGCGAAGGACGUGAACAAGUCAUUGGAAUUUAUAGUUGAGGAUAAACCAACCACCAAGAUGGAAAAGGAGCACAGUAAAAUCGUGUUCUUCAAGAUAAUGCCGGAAUCUCUGCAGAACGCUAGGGACAGAACCAAUGUGCCAAGAUUUUGCAUUUCAGGGCGACUAGAUUCCCUGCACUGCAAAAUCUCCGAGCCCUUGACUGGGGAAGUAGUGAUUGAACAUUGCGAGGCUGUUAUAAAGUCCAUAGAGUUGCAAUUGGUCAGAGUGGAAACCUGUGGAUGUGCGGAAGGAUACUCUAGAGAUGCGACGGAGAUACAAAAUAUACAAAUUGGUGAAGGCAAUGCUUGCACAAAUCUUGCUAUUCCGAUCUACAUGAUAUUUCCAAGAUUAUUUACAUGUCCCACUUUGAGCACAAGCAACUUCAAAGUCGAAUUUGAGGUAAAUCUUAUUAUUGUGUUUGAAGAUGAUUAUUUGGUCACUGAGAACUUCCCUAUUAUACUCUCGCGAUAUUGAAAGUUAUAGAAAUAAAGAUGUUUUCUAAAAACGUGUAGUUUGUAAUAUUUUUUCAUAUAAAAUAUAUUUGUCCCGUUAUGUUCCAUAUGUAUUCGAAAAAUGCAUAUAAAAGAUAAUAUUCUUCACAUGAAAUAAGUAUAUUGUAAGCAAAGACGUGACGUGUAAAAGGCUAUAAAUAUCGAAAAUAAAAAUGUCGGGAAAAGUUACUUCUCCAAGCUGUAUUUUACCUCCACGAGGAGAGAGAUUGAAAAAUACCCUUUCUACGUUUUGUGUAGUGUGGAAUUGCUUACGAACGAAGUGUAUAGCCUUUUACAGUAUAUGUGGACUUUGGCACAGAUGUCCUAAUUUUAUGAAAAUAUUGCGCAUAAUAUAUAACCUUUCCUUGAUGUUAAGACCCCGACUUAUUAUCUCAACCUAAAGUACUAGCAUCUCCUUUCGCAUCUCUGAGCCCUUCUUUU